CAACUUUUAUGAAUUCGCCUUAAAACAGCCUCAACCAAAUGCCACUUAUUGAAUUUAGUUUGAGAUUGUGUAUAAUAAACAAUUUAAGUAUUUUGUGAAAGUGUUUACAUCUUAAAAGUAAACAAGUUAUUGAUAAUCGGUGAAAAAAUAAGUGAAAAUAUGAUUAGAUAAAGCACAUCUGUAUACGGCACUAUAAUAAUCUCCCUUAUUGUAAAUAUCGGAUGCGUAAUUCGACACGACCGCGACCUUCAAUCAAGAUUUGCAUUUAAUUGAUAAGAGAACAAAGCAAAUAAAUAAGUUCUUUUGGUACAUGUUUCGCUCUUGCAGUUGCAGUUGGAAUAGUAUAUCACCUAAAUUAAUUAUUGAACUUGUUUACAAGAAUACACGACUGAAUUAAAAUCUUCAAAGAUUAUAAAAUAAUGAAGCUAUUUCUCAGUUGGACCUCAUUGUUUCUUGUUAUAAUGGCGCUGUCUUACACAACGUCCCUCUUUAGUACUAAGAAACUAUUAUCUCCAGUUAUCUUUAUUCCGGGCGACGGCGGUAGUCAAUUAGAAGCCAAACUUAAUAAAUCUGAUGCACCGGUCUAUUGCUGGAAAAAGUCGGAUUGGUAUAGCCUGUGGUUGAACUUAGAACUGUUGGUUAUACCUUCAGUUUAUUGCUGGAUCGAAAAUGUGAAACUAUAUUAUGACAAAAAUACACGAACUACGCACAACUCACAAGGUGUAGAUGUAAGAGUUCCUGGAUGGGGAGACCCUGAGGUGGUGGAAUGGAUAGAUCCGACGCACAAUAAAGCAGGGGCGUACUUUAAGGAUAUAUCCAAUGUACUUGUGGAUUUGGGGUAUGAACGAAAAAAGAAUAUACAUGGAGCCCCGUAUGACUUUCGUAAAGGUCCAAGCGAACAAAGCCAAUAUUUUAUUGAUUUGAAAAAGCUAGUUGAAGAUACAUAUGAACGUAACUCAAAAUCGCCCGUAACCUUUAUAACGCACAGCAUGGGCAGUCCGAUGACAUUAGUGUUCCUCCAUCAACAGACAACGGAAUGGCGAAGGAAAUAUGUUAAAAGGCAAAUAAGUCUAGCCGGAGCUUGGGCGGGUAGUAUGAAGGCCGUCAAGGUGUUUGCAAUGGGUGACGAUUUGGACUCAUUUUUCCUCAGCGCUAAAAUUCUAAAAGAGGAACAAAUUACUAAUCCUUCUACCGCAUGGUUGCUACCUUCUCCGCUCUUUUGGCGCCCGAAUGAAGUCUUAGUGGAAACCCCAUCGCGUGUCUACACAAUGUCACAGUUGAAACAGUUCUUCAAUGAUAUUGAUUACAAUAUUGGAUGGGAUAUGCGAGAAGACAAUAUACAAUUCACAUUGAAUUUCAGUCCCCCAGACGUGGAACUACACUGUCUUUAUGGUGAUGGCUUGGACACUGUCGAGCGUUUGCAAUAUAAAAAGGAUACAAUUGCUGACGAAACUCCCAAGUUGAUCAUGGGAAAAGGUGAUGGCACCGUAAAUCAACGUUCAUUGCGCGCAUGUCACGCUUGGAUCGGACGACAAAGCGCCCAUAUUACCAACGUGGCUCUGAAUGGAGUGGAUCAUAUGGGUAUACUUGUGCACCAAGACGUUUUAAAUUACAUAAAAAGUUCGAAAAUGUUUACUCAAGGCUAAAAUUUGGACGCGCUUUCCUGAAACCUCGUUUAAUGAUGUUGAGAAAUUUUUAUGGGAAAUGUUGUGUUAAAAUGCAUGGAGUGUGCGAAGAUAGGACAAAUCAAACAAUAUAAUGGUGUGUUACAAUUAAAGCAAACACAAUUUUGUUCGAAAGUACUUACUUUGCAAAGUAAUACUCGUACAUAAAACAGCGAUUCGAAUUUUAAAACUACUAUUACUACUUCUACUUGUGAAGAGAUGUGUCUUUGAUUCAAUUUCAGGGAUGCCUUGUAAGAAAAUGCCUGCAUUUGCCGCAAAGAUUACGUACUUCUCAAGAUUCGGGUUGUACUACGGCUAUGUGCUUAAAAAUACUGCAAGCCAAUCUAGAUUUUAUCUUUACGUGCAAGAUCUUCAUUCAUUGACUAUUUCAUGCACCAAAUAUUUGAAUCUGAAUGAUGGCAAUACUUCUUGCCAUAGGGAUGAUUGCUUAAUUUUUUAUUAAUGAACUGAAUCAAACUGUUCUGCCUUUGCCAUUUAAAAGUUUUGGCAGUUGUGUUAUUUAUUAAGGAGCAAAGUAUAAUGAAUUAGGGACGAAAGAGAAGUUCGAAGAAAUUGAAACAUUGAAAUGGAAUAUGAAUCAAAGUUUAAGAAAUAAAAGGGUACAAAUAACUUUUGACAUGAAUAGAAAUUAAAAUUUAGAUUUUUAUUCAGAAGUGCACCGUUAUUAAUUCAUAUUUCUUCACUAUAGGAUUUUCAAUCUUACAGACUGAAUUAUAUAUUAAAUGCAAAUUAAGACUAAUGAAUAUUCAAUGUUAAUACUAUUUGAGAUGAUACCAAAUUCUUUAAGUGCUCCAAAGAUUGGCGCUAAUGUUAAAUAACAACGCUGCUUUAACAACGUUUACAUAAAAAGCAGUUUGAGAACGUACGACUCAGUUUACAAUCUUGUUUGAAAAAUCAUUCCCGCUUUCUGACUUAAAACUACAGGGCCUUUGGUUUUUCGUAAGUCAUCUUCGCACAAUCCAAGCAUUUCAAAAACAAAACCAUUUUUUAUAAAAUCUUUGAAUACAUAGCUAAAAAGCGAAGUCGUUUCAGGCAUAGUGUAAUAAUAUAAAGUCAGUAGGAUGUACGCACAUUUGAAAUUACCUUAUUUUUGUUUUUGAAAACAUUUUUUGAAGAAUGAGCCACAAUGAAAAAAAAUUACUGUAAAACAGCCAAGUCCGCGUACUGAAAACGAAUGCCAUUACUACCGGGCACGCUUUAUAUCAGGGGACGAAUUAUUAAAUCGGUUUUUUUUUUACUUUGAGAAAUAAUCUGAAGCGUACAACGGUGUAAAUGUUCAUACAAAAUUGUACGACUUGAAAUGUUAUGUAAAUAUUUUUAUGUAUUGUAUGUAUGAUUAUUUGUGCUUCGGUGUAUUAAUAAUAGUAUAGUCCUAUCGCA